GAAUUCAGUACAAAACCACCAUCCUCUCGAAUCCCUUUCCUCGUUGCUGUUUCCUGAGUUGCACGACCGCGACAAUCUUAAUUUGACCCGUUCUCGAUUGAUCUCAUCUCCUAUCGUCGGUCUCUCGAUAAAGACACGGACGGAAAGGAAGUUAGCGCGCGAGAAGGAAGAGGAGCAGCGUUGAUAUUAACAGAGAAAUAUCACGGAAAAUGGCGUACAGUUGGAAUAAUCGAGUAGAUUUCAUUGUAAGAUUCCUUUACGAUACGGAUAAUAAUGGCCAGUUGGAGAAGCAUGAUUUCGAGUGCAUGGCACUUAAGAUGACCCUGAUCGAGGGGAAGGGCGAGUUUAGUUAUGGCCGAUACCAGGAGAACCUGCACAUUAUGCUCUCUCUAUGGGACGAAAUCGCGGAACUAGCAGAUUUCAACAAGGACGGAAUCGUGACCAUCGAGGAGUUCAAGGAGGCGGUACAGAGGAGCUGCGUCGGCCGAGAGUAUCGCGAUUUCCCGCAAGCAAUGAAGAUGUUCAUCGACAGCCACUUUAAAUUAGUAGACUUGAAUGACGAUGGUGUAAUCGCUGCCGACGAAUAUCGCUACAAUUGUGUAACGAGGAUUCCCGUGGACAACGUGAACAUUUUGGACGAAGCCUAUCAGAAUCUUCUCAACGACGACGACAGAAGACGCGGAGGACUGACCUUGUCGCGUUAUCAGGAAUUGUACGCGGAGUUCCUCGGUAACCCGGAUGAGAAUUGCCCAGCCGUUCACCUUUUUGGUCCCCUGCACGCUAUGGGUUGACUUCCGAGGUAAAUAGCGAUUCUUGUGUGCACGUACAAAAGACAAUCCUGCUGUAUUUAAUUGUUAUUUAAUUGUAUGAUUUUAAAUGUAAGAUGGCUCAAUAAAUCCUCUAUUUUAUUGUAAAAAAAAA